AUGCAUCUUUCAAGGUCUCUGGCCUUCUUUGGCCUCUGCUUGGCCCCUGUGCUGGCUGCCUGGCCAAACGGACCAUUCACUACGUCUGGCCGAUGGAUCAAGAACGCUGCUGGCAACACCGUCACUCUUGCCGGUGCCAACUGGCCCGGUCACGGCGAGGUGAUGGUCCCCGAGGGCCUUCAGUAUCAGUCAAUCCAGGAAGUCAUUGCUGAUCUCAAGUCGAUCGGUAUGAAUGCCAUUCGACUGACCUUUGCCACGGAACUGGUUAACCAGAUCUACGACAACAACGGCGAGGAUGUUGAUAUUCAAACGGCUUUUGAAGAAGGACUGGGCAAGGAGAAUGGAACUAUUGUCUUGAAGAAGGUCCUGGAGAACAACCCAUCUUUCACACCUCAGACGAAGCGACUGGAGGUGUAUGAUGCUAUUGCUGCUGAAUGCCUCAAGCAGCAUGUCUACAUCAACCUUGACAACCACAUCUCUACUGGAAAAUGGUGCUGCGGCGGUACAGACGGCAACACCUGGUGGGGAGACACCGAGUUUGACGCUGACAAAUGGGCUCGUGGCAAUGCCUACAUGGCGGCUCACAGUCGAAGCUGGCCUGCCAAGAUCUCCCAGUCUCUCCGCAAUGAGCCCCGACCUCCCACCAACAACGAAGACCUCCGCAGCAAGUCGUACAACUGGAGAGACUUGUACAAGUUCAUGCGCCAAGGAGCUGAUGCCGUCCAUGAGGCCGACCCUAAUAGUCUCAUCAUUAUCUCUGGUCUGAACUAUGACACUUUUGUCACUCCUCUCUUCACAGGAGCCGCGUUGGAUCCAAGCACCCAAACGUUCAGCCGAGAUGACUUUGCCGGGUAUGGUGAGAAGCUUGUCUUGGAGAUUCACAAUUAUGAGAACAGCAUUGGAAGCUGCAGCUCACUUCGAUACAACCUCUACACCAAGGGGUUCCAGGCUAUGAACGCAUCGGAUCCCGCCACUAAGAAUGUCUUCCCUGUCAUGCUCACCGAGUUUGGACACUCGAUGGAGGGCGACAACUACAGCAAGGCCAAGACAUACAUGAGCUGUCUUUCAGAGUAUCUGCCUGAGGCUCAAGCAAGCUGGUUCAUCUGGGUUAUUGUUGGUCGAUACUACACCAGACAGGGUAUUCAAGAGUUUGACGAUUCUUGGGGAAUCAAGAAGCCCGACUGGUCUGGAUGGAGGAAUGAUCAGUACAUUAAGGACUAUCUUGUCCCGCAGGUUAAGGGAACCGUGGCGGGGAACAAGGACUAG